AUGUCUGCGACAGCCGAAUCUAAUGCUGGCAACGACAUCAACUCGAACGCCAACAACAAUGCUGCACCCAACCCCGACAAUAAUAUCAACGGCACCAGUGAAGUCCAAGACAACACCAACACCACCAACAUAGACCCCGAGCCCGGUAACAUAGAACCAGAGAAUACCAAUCCCAACAACAACAACCCCGAAAGCAACACAUCCGAGCUUCCCCUACCCAGCACCAUCCAACCCCCAACCGUCCCUCCAGAGAUCGCCAGCCCAGAGCCUUCCGACCCAGCCACAGCCACAGCCCUACUCCCCACCCCCGAAGUAGGAAUCUCCAACCCGUCACCAAAUAUCGAGCCCGCAACUCCUCAACCUCAGGACCCCGAGCUAGACAAACCUCUUCCGCUAACAUACUGGCUACUCACCGGCGGCACCGGCGCACCGCCCUCGAUGGGCAGUUUCCUACGCAUGACGAGCGAACGCAACGCUGUGACCCGAGAGGCAGAGGCGCGAGUAAUUGCUCGACGGCAGGCCCUUGAAGAGCGCAGGGCAUAUCUCGCUCGCUGGGACGAGGAAUGGGGCCCCAUGGGUGUUAAAGGACUGCUGGCUAAGGUAUUUAGGAGUAAGAAGCGGAAAACCUAA